CUUAAACCCUACAAACUCUCAAGCACCUCUUUCAUGGCAUUAAGGAUCUUCCUCACAAGCUUGAACAGGUCCAUGAACCUCACAGAAAACGCAAUCUUGAUAAUAAGGUCUUACAGCACGAAAAGGCAUGAUAGUGGCAGAAGAAACCUCUUCUCAAGAAUUAGUCCCCUGGGCGACCCUUCACUCAGCGUAGUGCCAGUUCUUGAUCAGUGGGUGGAAGAAGGCAACAAGGUCAAGGCGCUCGAGUUCCAGCGCAUCGUCCGUGAUCUCCGAGCUCGCAGGCGGUACAAGCAAGCUCUCGAGGUUUCUGAGUGGGUCAGUUGCACGAAACUUUGCUCGUUCUCACCAGGUGAUCAGGCUGUGCAGUUAGAUCUUAUUGGUAGAGUUCGUGGGCUGGACUCUGCAGAGAGCUACUUUAAUAACUUGAGUGAUCAAGACAAAAUUGACAAAAUCUAUGGGUCUCUUCUAAAUUGUUAUGCCAGAGAAGGCCUUGUUGAUAAGUCCCUCUCCCACAUGGGGAAGAUGAAAGAGAUGGGAUUUGCUUGUAGUCCCCUCGCCUACAAUAACAUCAUGUGCCUAUAUAUAAACAAUGGCCAGCCUGAGAAAGUCCCUAUCGUGUUAUCAGAAAUGAAGAAAAAUGGCAUCUCCCCUGACAAUUUUAGCUAUGGAAUUAGCAUAGAUUCCUAUGGCAAAAGAUCUGAUCUUAAGGGCAUGGAGGAAGUUCUAAAGGAAAUGGAGAGCCUACCCCACAUCUCUGUGGGCUGGAAUACUUAUGCAAUGGUUGCCAAUUACUACAUAAAAGCUGACAUCCGUGAGAAAGCAUUGAUCUACAUGAAGAAAUGUGAAGAGAAGGUAAAUAAAAAUGCACUCGGAUAUAAUCAUUUGAUUUCACUUUAUGCGCAGAUUGGAAAUAAAGAUGAGAUGAUGAGAUUGUGGAGCCUUGAAAAAUCCAAGUGUAAGAAGCAAAUUAACAGGGAUUAUAUUACCAUGCUGGGUUCUCUAGUGAAGCUUGGGGAGUUUGAAGAAACAGAAAAACUGCUCAAGGAGUGGGAGUCAUCUUGCUACUGUUAUGAUUUCCGUGUGCCCAAUGUCCUCCUGAUUGGAUAUUGUCAGAAGGGAUUGAUGGAAAAAGCCGAAGCUGUGCUUCAGGACAUAGUGAAGAAAGGGAAGACUCCAAUUCCAAAUAGUUGGGCUAUUCUUGCAGCGGGUUAUGUAGAUAAACAAAAUAUGGAGAAGGCAUUUGAAUGCAUCAAGGAAGCUCUGGCUGUAAGGGAGGAAAAUAAAGGAUGGAGACCUAAAGCUAGAGUGAUUUCAAGCGUAUUGAGUUGGCUUAGCGAUAGAGGAGACAUUGAAGAAGUAGAAGCUUUUCUGAACUCCUUAAAGACCGUUAUUCCAAUGGGUAGGGAAAUGUACCAUGCCUUGAUCGGGGCUUAUAUCAGAGGUGGGAAAGAAGUGGAUGGGAUUUUAGAGAAAAUGAAAGCUGGUGAGAUAGAAGAAAAUGAGGAAACAGAGAUAAUUCUAAGCUCAAGACAGAAAAAAUCUAUGGAUGCUCUUGCUUGAUUAUGGCUCAUUAAUCUGCAAUUCAUUGCCAAACUCUUAAGAUUUCAGUGAGCAAGUGAAGCUACUAGAUCUGAAGGUCUCACAUGAAAAUUAAGCUUUUGAAGUGCAAUGCUGACACUAUGUAACAAUAUUUCGACACAUUGGCACAAAAUUAACCUUAGAAGUAAUUGAUCUGAAAUCUUACCAA